AUGUUGCUACUGUUUUGUUUGUUGGUUAUCACGCCGAAUGAAGCGUCGACGCACUCGCGAGACCCGCAACUCUCGUCCGUGAGCGAGGUGUUGGACGACUUCGAGGUGCUGGCGCCGUCCAGCUUACGCACGCAUUCGAUCCGUCGCCGAGACCUGCUCAGCACUCACGUGGAGAAAGAGAUCAGCUUCCACGCGCUGCAAAGACACUUCCGUCUCUACCUGAGGACCAACGAGCACAUCUUUACCCGAGACUUUUCCGCCUGGGCCGUGGACCGGGACGGCGAGCGAGAGCUGCGCGUAGACCGCCACGCUUUCUUCACCGGACACGUUAUCGGUGAAGAGAACUCUCGAGUUCAAGCGCACAUGAAGGACGGCGACUUCUCUGCCCGCAUUCUCACACAGGAUGGCGAAUAUACUAUCGAGCCUCUUUGGAGGUUCACCACGCCCUCCGACGACCGUCUGCUGGCGUAUCGCUCGGACCGCGUCCGAAACCCAGACCGAUCGCGGCGGCCCUCCGUCUGCGGGUACGUGGACGGCGACCCUGGCCGCCUGCUACCCGAUGGGGCGGCCGGCGCCGCCGAGGACGACGAAGAGUGCACGUGGCGCGCUCGACGCGAUGCGAAUUCGCACAGUAAGAACACGUGCCCUCUGCUGUUGGUGGCCGACCAUCGCUUCUUCACGUACAUGGGACGCCGCGACGAGAGCACCACCCUAAACUACCUUAUCGAGCUGAUAGACCGUGUAGACGACAUCUAUAGAAACACGUCGUGGGACGACGACUUCUCGGGCUACGGCGUCCAAAUCCAACAGAUCAUCGUGGAGAAGACGCCGACCCCGGUGUCGCCGGGAAACGUUCACUUCAACAUGCUUGGAAGUCCCGUGGAGGGUCGAGACGUGUGGGACGUCAAAAGGCUCUUGGAGCAAUUCAGCCUGGACGUGUCGGAGAAGGCGGCCAACGUUUGCCUGGCACACUUGUUCACCUACCAGGACUUUGCCGAGGGCACCCUAGGACUAGCGUACGUGGCGCCGGUCAAGGGCGACAUCCCAGGUGGGCUCUGCUCCAAAGGUGGCCCUGGGGUCGACCGCCGGGUGGUGUACCUCAACACCGGACUUACCAGCACCAAAAACUACGGCAAGACCAUCCUGACCAAGGAAGCCGACUUGGUGACGACGCACGAGCUAGGGCACAACUUCGGAGCGGAGCACGACCCCGACAACGUCCCCAACUGCGCCCCCCGAGAGGACCAAGGAGGGAAGUACGUCAUGUACCCCAUUGCAGUUAGCGGAGACCACCUCAACAACAAGGUGUUCUCCAAGUGCUCCAAGCGUUCCAUCGUCAAGCGCCUGCGCUCCAAGGCCACGUCGUGCUUCAAGGAACGGACGGUCAACGUUUGCGGAAAUUCUCGGGUUGAACCCGGAGAGGAGUGCGACCCUGGCCUGCUGCACUUGACCUCUGACCCCUGUUGCACUGCCAAGUGCCGCCUCAAGGAGGGAGCGCGAUGCAGUGACAGGAACAGCCCGUGCUGCAGGAAGUGCCAGCUGGAGACGGCGGGAAAAGUUUGCCAGGAGCCCAUCGACGCCACGUGCAAGGGACGUUCGUACUGCACGGGCGAAAGCGAAGACUGUCCGCCUCCUGAAAAUGCUCUGGACCACACGCCGUGUUUGGACAGCGGCGAGUGUCAAAAUGGCUCGUGCGUUCCUUUCUGUCUGGCCGUCCUGAAGCUGGAGCCUUGUGCCUGCAACGAAACGGACGCCUCCUGUCAGGUGUGCUGUCGCAGCGAGAGCGGCGUGUGCGCUCCCUACCGUGACGCGGAAGGUCACUUCCUCUUUCUGCGCAAAGGCAAACCCUGUACGGUGGGCUUCUGCGACGGCGCGGGCAAGUGCAUGAAGCAGGUGCAGGACGUGGUGGAGCGACUGUGGGACUUUAUCGACAAGUUGGACAUCAACACGUUCGCCACCUUCCUGGCCGACAACUUGGUCGGCUCCGUCGUGGCCUUCUCGCUGCUUUUCUGGAUCCCCUUAAGUGUACUGGUACACUGCGUGGACAAAAAGGUGGACCGCCAAUAUGAGCAGACCACCAAGUCUCUCUUCUUUCCAAGCAACGCGGAACUCAUGAGCAGCCCGGAGACCGCUUCAGUGCGAAUACUCAAAGUGCCCGACAUGCGCUUUCGGGCGUCCGGGCCCCCGGAGAGCGCCGGCGUGGACGAAGCGGCGCUGCAGGCGGCGUUCGGGCGUCCGCAGAGAUCGGUUGCGCGUUCCUUCGAGGACCUGACGGAGCAAAACUUGGCGGCAGUGCCGAAACUGAGACGUCAGCAACGUGUCGACGGCGAAGAAACUCUGUGCUGA